AAUGUCAACAGAAUGACUUUGGAAGUGUUUGAUUUGAAAGGUAGUUAUUGGGAUUUAUUUAAAUAGAGUUUGCAACCUCUUAAAAAAUAAAUAAAUAAAAUGGGUCUCGACAAGCCAAAAAAUAUUACCGCCAAUAAGUAAUGGGCCAUUUAUUGUUCAUUUUACCCAAUCAGACCCUGUAUAUUCGCACUUUUACAAGAAAAUUAGCAUAUAGACUGAUUCAUGGCACUGUAGACAUUUUUACACUAUUUGCAUUUUAGCAUGUUGGCCAAUGGAUGCGCUGUGGGGCUGGGCGGGGUUAAGGUUAUCAGGUACAGCUAAACAUAUUCACCUGGUUUGGAUGAUUAUGUCAGUAGACUAGAGGUUGAGCCGGUUGCAGCGCUCAUACACAAAGGAAAAGGAUACCAUUAUUAUUUUUCUAAAUUGGGUUGCUUUUGAUUGUUUGUUGUGUGUCUUUUAGACGUUCAACCGUUGGCGAUUAUUUUGUUUAGUUAAAAAAAACAAAACAAAAAAAAACACUAUAUAUAUAUAUAUAUAUAUGUUUUCAAAAACGACCACCCGUGUAUAUAAUGUGUUUUUAGUUUUGAUUUGGAAACGUUUUUAGGGAGUAUUGGAAAUCUAUUGGCCGAAGAUGACAGAGGCUUCUCAAGUCACGAAUCACAGUUGUACGAAUGGUUCCCUUGUUACUUUGUCUUGCCUGUCACGGCAAGUUGUGUGCAGAGUUGUGAAUGAGAUUGAUCUAACCAUCUCUCUCAGCAACUUGUCGUUGAACAUGUCUGCUUCAGAGCAGAAGUGGCGGAAUUACGAGUUCUACAUUGGCUUGUCCAUGGCCAUCUUCUCCUCUUUUCUAAUCGGAGGCAGCGUCAUCCUGAAGAAGAGAGCUCUACUCAGACUGGCUCAGACAGGAGGUACCCGAGCAGGUGAGGGAGGUCAUGGAUACCUGAAGGACUGGAUGUGGUGGGCAGGUUUACUGACAAUGGGUGGUGGUGAAGUUUCGAAUUUUGCAGCUUAUAUCUUUGCACCUGCAACAGUAGUGACGCCGCUAGGGGCUCUAAGUGUACUUAUAGGUGCAAUACUGUCUUCCUACUUCCUAAAUGAGAAGCUUAACAUGCUGGGGAAAAUGGGGUGCGUGCUGAGCAUUCUGGGAAGCACAGUUAUGGUGAUUCACGCUCCAGAAGAGGAGGAAGUGAAAACUUUGGAUGAAAUGGCUCAAAAAAUUCUGCAUCCAGGAUUCCUCGUAUUUGCCAGCCUCUUGUUAGCCGCAAGUUUGGUGCUGAUAUUUUAUUUUUCCCCGCGCUAUGGACAUUCCAACGUCUUGAUCUACAUCGCUAUCUGCUCCUUGAUUGGAGCGUUCUCUGUGUCAUCUGUCAAAGGACUGGGCAUCGCCAUAAAGGGCCUGUUUGACAGCAAGCCUGUGUGGAAACACCCUCUUUCCUACAUCCUCAUCGUCACGCUGGUGGUGUCCAUCGUCACUCAGGUCAACUACCUCAACAAGGCCUUGGAUGUCUUUAACACUUCAGUGGUCUAUCCUAUCUACUAUGUCUUUUUUACCACAGUGGUCCUUUCAACCUCUGUAAUUCUCUUCAAAGAGUGGUAUUCCAUGUUCCCCAUUGACAUCGUGGGAACGCUAUGCGGUUUCCUGACUAUUAUCACAGGGGUGUUCAUGUUGCAUACGUUUAAAGACAUGAAGCUCAAUAUAGAUACCCUUCCACAGGUCAUUCAGCCAAAACAAGAGGAGCAUCCUGUGACUGAAAUCAUCAGAUUUGACGACAAGCAGAUUCUUAUCGACAGUAUGGAGAACUCUGUGUUUUCUGAACAGAAGCCAAAACUGUUUGUGAUCUGCAGUUAAGUAAUUGAAUGUGUGUAUAUACUGUAUAUAUUUUAAUAUAGUGAUGUAUUUAUUAAAGUUUUUUUUUUUUUUGCGCCGGAUAGAGCGUUAGAUGAAGUGGCUUGUACUAUUGCAGUAUUGAAUUAAAAUGAAAAGUAAAUAUCAUGAAAUGGAAGAUCCAGGUUAGGAUCUACCCUGCUUUUUUGUUUUUUGUUUUUUAAAGUUCAGGCACUGUUUUGAUAGAGUUCUACAUACUGCUUGUGCCAUUGAUGGGGGUUAGGCCACCAAGCAUCUUGAUGUGCGAGAGGAGAAAUACUGCACAUCUCUGUAAAACCAGUAUAGUAGACAACUUCAGUAUUGCCAGGCCUGUAUUGUUUUAAUCUUUCUAGGACUAUUGUGUCCCUUGUUCUGUAGAAUAUUCCCACACAGAUAAUUUUCAUGUUUGAUAAAAAAAGGCGUGUUUCCUGUUUUUUGACUGGGAGUAGCCCUUGCUUGCUCAUUCCAGUCACCCAGGACACUGAAAUCAAUUCUGAAUAAUGACUUUGUUUUCUGUCGAAUGAUGCGAGAGGAUGGUCUUGGUGACCAGUUAGUAGGGCAGUGGGCUCUGUAUCAUGUUACUUGCCUUGUGAUGUAUAACAGUAAAACGAGAAUAAAAAUCUAUUUUGUUUGUGAACAAAAAUGAUGCCUACCCCUUCUUUUGAGCCUUACCAAAGGCAGUGGACAACUCGCAUGCAAAACACAUCCUAACAUCUCAUGAAACCUAAUCUAAAGAUAUGGUUAAGAGCACCUAUAGAAACCUUAGUACUCUACUUCUGUAAGCGAAUCUGGUACUUUGCAAGGGAUGUGAAUUUGAGAAUUCUUUCUUUUUGAUCGAAAUGAUUUCUCUUGAAGUUUCUUUUUUUUUUUUUUUUUUUUAAAGAUCAUUGUAAAAAGAUUCUGUUCAGCCCUUUUGGUGUUCAAACUAGUGUUGCAGUGAGCUGAGCUCAAACUAGUGUGGCUUGAAUUUGAAGGGGAACAAUGAUGAAAUCUGUCCCACAACUGAGAAUAAUUUUACAACAAGGUGUAAUUCCUUUGUUUGUUUUCAAUGUUAAUCUACAGUUUAGCCUUCUGCGCACUGUACUAUCGGGUUAGUCUAGUUUAUUUUUUACUGUAGUCCUGCUACAUUGUGCAGCAGGGGGGCUCUAGUGAGUGAUACUUUACAGCUUAAAACGACUGUGUGUGGAAGUAUAGAAUGUUCUUUGAGCUUCAUAGUCCAUCAGAAGGAGCCAAACAGAUUUUUUACUUGUUUAAUUUGUUGUCCUGAUAAAACAGGAGGUUACAAUUGGAUGUUAUUAAUGUGUGUUUUUAAAUAUAUAAAUAAUACAAAAUAAAAUUUAAAAACCAAUAUGAGGCAUAUCACCACAUAUAAGUGCUUCUCUUUGUUUGCUUCGUGGGUACACAAAUAAAUGUUUUUGGCCUUUUGUGUUGUUCAGGCAGCUGGCUCUGGGUGAGCUCUGCAUAUCUUUGGGUAUCACACCACUGGGUUGAGGGUACAGGACCUGCAAUAUAAAUGUAAUUCUCACUGUUAGAGGAGACUGAACGAUUUGGGGGGGGGGGGGGGGGGAAUGCAUUCAGUAACAUGCUCUAGUAGUGUGACAAACUAUUUAAAUCACAAACCGUGUAAUCCAGACAAUGAAAAAGUACAAUGAUUUUUUGUGUGCUUGUGAAUUGUGAUAUUUAAAUUUUCUUGACUAUAUAUACACAAUCUAAGUUGCUGUAUAAUGUAUUUAUUAAGGUAUUUUGACAAGAGCUUUUUUCUAGCUUGUUUUAACAUGCCUGAAUGCUAUGAAUCGUCUGUCUAAUAAAGAUUAUUUUUGAUCAAC